AGACUAGAAAAAAGAAAUGGCUCCUUCUAUUUUAGGUGCAGCAGGUUGUUGUUUGAUGGUUAUGGUUAUGGUGUUGGCAUGUUUUUCUUCUCCUUGUCUGUGUUAUAGAGGAGAGGCUGAAGAAUAUGCUCCUUUGGCUUAUGGUCUGACAUGGAGUUUUUACCACCGUAGCUGCCCCAAGUUGGAGUCCAUAGUUCGAAUGCACCUUAAGAAGGUCUUCAAGAAUGACAUUGGACAAGCUGCCGGCUUACUCCGCCUUCAUUUUCACGACUGCUUUGUUAAGGGAUGUGACGGGUCGGUGUUGCUUGACGGAUCGGACUGCGGACCUAGUAGCGAGCAAACCGCCAUACCAAACCUCACCUUGAGACCCGAGGCAUUUACCAUCAUUGACGACCUUCAACUACUUGUGCAAGCCAAGUGCGGUCAAGUAGUGUCUUGUGCUGACCUAACUGCAUUAGCAGCUCGUGACUCUGUCUAUUUGUCAGGUGGUCCUGAUUACAAAAUCCCACUGGGUAGAAAAGAUGGGUUAAGUUUUGCAACAAGAAAUGCAACCCUAGAAAACCUCCCAGCUCCCUUUAGCAACACCAGCCAACUACUAGCUUCCUUUUCUUUGAAGAACUUUGAUGCUACCGAUCUGGUCGCCCUCUCCGGAGCUCACACCAUUGGACUAAGCCACUGCCCUGCCUUCACACCCAGGUUGUACCCUGAUCAGGAUCCAACCUUGGACAACGAACUAGCCGAUGAUCUCAAACUCACUUGCCCAGCUGAUUCCACCACCGACGCCACCGUGGACAUGGACAUCCGAUCUCCUAACCUAUUUGAUAACAAGUACUACAUCGGCCUUGUCAAGCGCCAGGGCCUCUUCACCUCCGACCAGGACUUGUUUCUUGAUCCCGAGACAAAGGAUAUUGUCCUCAGCUUUGCCGAGGACCAAGACUUGUUCUACGAGAAGUUUGUGCUUGCAAUGAUCAAGAUGGGACAGUUGAGCGUCUUGACCGGGACAAAACAAGGUGAAAUCAGGGCAAACUGCUCUCUCCGCAACUCCGACAACCACUCCUAUUUGGCAUCCCGAACUCAAUACUCCGACUCCGACUCCGAGCUUUAAUUUCAUCCAUACUUAUUAAGAAUGUUUUUUUUUCUUAAUUUCCUAUCAUCCAU